UAGGAUAGGUUGAAAUAGGAUUAUGCACCAAGUUAAAUACUUCAGAAAGAAUAAGACGGGAGAACGAUACACAAUGAGCUGUUUUAUUAAAACGUAUUAUUAAACAACUGGAUCAACCUGUUAUUAUAAUUCAGUGUGCUGCAAAGAAACACUUGACAUUGUGGACUGAUGCAUCAGGAACUCAGCUGUAUGUGUCUUUCUCACUGAAACGUGAUGAUGUGGUUAGUACUAUAUGUGGCAGCCACUUUAAGAUCUGUGACUGACUAUCUGAAAAUUGGCCAUCGAUGAACAAGGGCAUGACAAAGAUGCGGAUUUUGUUCCCUCGAGUCAUGGCUACUAGUCUACUGAUGACAUCUGAAGCAGUGAAAAUGAUCGACUCCAAUGAGACACUGGGCUUUAGCUGCCUUAACUGCACUAAUGAGACAGUGUUAAAUAAUAAGACAGAAUGCAAGACCACUGCCGAUUUCCAGUACAUCAUGUUCCCUGUAGUGUACAGUAUUGUAUUUGUGUUCGCUUUCAUAACUAAUGCUAUGGCUCUUUGGUACUUCUUCGCCACCAAAAGCAUCACUUCACCAAACUGUGUCUUCAUGGUCAACCUGGCUGUUAUCGAUUUUAUAUUUGCCCUGACCUUACCAUUCAAGGUUGUCUACCAUGCUUUGCAGAAUGACUGGAUUUUUGGAGAGAUUCUCUGCAAAAUCAAUGGGUCCCUCUUCUUUGCCAACCUGUAUGGCAGCUCUUUGUUCCUGACUUGUAUCUGCAUUGAUCGAUACAUUGCAGUUGUUCACCCCAUAAAAUCACUUCAGCUACGUAAACGCAAGUACCGGAUAAUAACAUCUUGUGUUCUGUGGGCUAUCUUGGCAGCAGUCAUCAUGUUUCUUACUUUUAAGGGCCCACUGACCACUGCAUUUGAAAAUGGUAACACAGCCUGCUUGGAGAACUUCUCUUCUAGUUCAUGGAAAGGUAGAAUUUCAGGGGUUAGUCUGGUGUCAGCUGUCAUUGGCUUCAUUAUUCCAUUCUUGGUGAUAGUAAUAUGUUACCCCUUAAUUGCCUGCAAGCUGAUGGAAAAAAGUACAGCAACAAAGAACACUCAUUCAAUUAAGAAGCGAGCCCUGCGAACCAUCCUGAUUGUUUUAUUUGUUUUCGUUGUUUGCUUUGCUCCAUAUCACAUCAAUCAGAUCAUCCACACUCUGCGGCGUAUUGACCUGUUUUCAGGCUGCUCUCUCAUCCAGUUCACCUAUGCUGCCCGGCGUGUCACAAUGGCAAUGACUAGUUUUAAUUCUUGCCUUGACCCCCUGAUUUACUACUUUGGGGCUGACAGCUUCAACUGGAAAGUGUUUUGUUGUAUAAAAGGUCAACUGAUUUACAAAUCAUCCAAAACUAAUUCCACUUCUCUGUCUCAGAGAGGAUAAACUUGGGUAAAAUGUCUUCAGGUAAAAUGAUGGGCCAUCAGUUGCGGGCUUGCUUGAUCCCACUGUGUCGAAACGAUUAGACAUCUGCAUUACUUGUCAGACCUCGGUUUGCUAAAGGGACUAUACAGCAUCCCAAUAUUUCUGUAACAGUUGGAAAGGAAUGCACAGAUGAGGCAGAUGCAUCACCAUCUUUCAUUACCAUUACGCCAAAUGACAGUUAUCUCACAUUUGUGUCAUAUAUACAGGACCCUGUAGUUUUUGCACAUCCUGAAAAUGUACAAUGCAUCCCUGGAAAAGACAGAGCAUGCUGGUUACUAAAGUUGAUGUGCAAUAGUAGAAAGACAG